AGUCUUCAGUUGGCAUUCUGAGAUUCUGGGAUGCUGUGACGCUCUUCUUCCUUGUGCUCGAUCCUUCAUCCUUGCUCCUGCUUCUGACCUUUUCGUCACCCUUCGCCUUCUUUAAAGCUGUCGCAUCGCACCAUUGCGUGCUGCAUUCCCUCCUUCCUUCUCGCCGUUUCUUUUUAGCUGCCUUGAAUCGCUCGCUUCUCGGGAGGUGUGUCUCUACGGUCUCUGCGGGAUUGGUUGACAACAAGCGGCGACGGAAGCGGAUUGCGCUUGUGGGGCUGUGUUCGCGAGGAUUCGCUUUUACUUCUGGGAAUUUUCGUAAGCUUGGAGGCUGACAGGAAGAGGUGUAUAUGUCACGGUUGCGAAGGCCGGAUUGCGGGAGUUUUUGAAGUUAGUCUUGGGCUAAUUUGGACCCGUGGUUGGAGAGUGUGGAAGGGUGGUAUAUUUGCCUUGUAGCGUGCGGUAGUGUUUGAAGGAUUUGGGGUACGAACUCGUUGAGUUACAGGUGCUUAUUGUGCAGUUGCAAUGGGAAUAUGGGACUACUUUCUGAAUUGGCUGCGCAGCCUAUUUUUCAAGCAAGAGAUGGAGUUGUCUUUGAUAGGGUUGCAAAAUGCUGGCAAAACUUCUCUCGUGAAUGUCAUUGCGACGGGUAGCUUUGCUGAGGACAUGAUACCCACGGUGGGGUUCAACAUGCGCAAGGUGACGAAGGGUAGUGUGACUAUCAAACUCUGGGAUCUCGGUGGCCAACCCCGAUUCCGGAGCAUGUGGGAGCGUUAUUGUCGUGGUGUGUCUGCAAUUGUGUAUGUCGUGGAUGCAGCAGACAAAGACAAUAUUGCCAUUUCUAAGAAUGAACUGCACGACUUGUUGAACAAGCCUUCACUUUAUGGGACCCCCUUGCUUGUUUUGGGCAACAAAAUCGAUAAGGCUGAAGCACUUAGUAAAAAGGCGCUUAUUGAACAGAUGGGACUCUCUGGACUUACAGAUAGAGAGGUUGCUUGUUACACCAUCUCAUGCAAAAAUUCAACCAAUAUUGACAUCGUCAUCGACUGGCUUGUUAAGCAUUCAAAGUCCAAGAGCUGAUUCACCGCUUGUUGCCACUUCUAGAACUGAAACUAAAAUCAGAAUGUAGAGUAUCUGGAUGUGAGGAGUCUAACAACCCGAUGUGCUCCUUUCCUCCUUUCCCGGCCACCAGACCCUUCACAUGUAGCAAAAAAUCAGAAAGUAUUUGUUAAGGAAAUGGCACGAAACCCUCGUGCAUGAGCCGAGGGAUCAGUGAGCCAUAGUUUCACAGUAGAAAUCAGUUCAUUUGCUUCUCUCUUGUAAACUAGAAAGUCUGCAUGAUUACAGAUACAGUGACUUCCAUAUGUACCCACUUUGUUUAAAGCGAUUAGCCUUGAAUGGACAAAUCAGUAUUAUUGUAUAUGUGUCAAAAUCAACAUAUACAGCACUGACAUGUGUAAACGUGCAA